AGCGAUUAUAUACCAAAAAAAAAAAAAUGGUGCAGAAAAUUUUAAUGAUUUGUUUGGGAAACAUCUGCCGCUCCCCAAUUGCGGAGGUGGUGAUGGUCGAAACUCUGGAAAAGGCGAACAAGAAGAAUGUUGUAGUGGACAGUGCGGCUAUUGGGUCGUGGCAUGUGGGAAAUCGUGCCGAUCCACGGGCCAUCAGCACGCUGGCCCAGCACGACCUCAAGUGCACCCACAUUGUGCGCCAGAUAAAGAAGCAGGACUUUACCGAAUUCGACUUCAUUUUCGGCAUGGACGAGGACAACAUGAGCGAGCUGCGGCGGCUGGCGCCCAAGGGUUCCAAGGCGGAGCUACUCAUGCUGGGUGACUUCGGCCUGGAGGCCAAGAAUCGCAUCAUCGAGGAUCCCUACUAUGAGCGUGGUGCGGCUGGCUUUGAGACCGCUUAUCAGCAGUGUGUUGUGGCCUGCGCCGCCUUCAUGAAAGAGCGCCUCGUUUAAAUCGGUUUUGUGAUAUACUCAUAGUUCAAGUAAUAAAUGUCUAGUACAAAG